AUGGCUGUAGCAUCGCCAUACAUGCCUUCUGAAUCUGCCUUUAGCCCAUUUACGAACUCUCCAAGUUCACCUGUUCUAUAUCAGGCUGACAUUCCCAGCUCUAAAAGGUCAUCCACGGCGUCCGAUAGUCUAGCUCCUCCUCCGUCUCCAUAUCCACAGGUCGAUCCUUCGCCUACCGAUUCGAACGGUACAGAGAAUACUGAUAUUGAAGAGGAUGUGCAAGAGCAAGUCGAAGAUCCUCAGAUGAGUGCUGCGAUUCAGUCCAGCCGGCCCCAGAGUCCAGAAAGCCUCGUCAAGCUAGACACCACUGUGGCUUCUCGAUCAAGAUCCGGUUCAGAUGAGGCACCUUCAUCUGUGAUACAUGUGCCUCUCGGUUUCAGAGAGCUUGACAUAUCGAGCCGGUUGGGCUCAGAAAGUAGCAUACAUAUGUCCAACCAUAGUACCAAUCAUGAUAGCACUUCUCCAAGCACACCAGAUGCAGCCCUGGGUCCAGAAGACAAGCGUCUAUCGUCUGUCACUUCGUCUUUGAUCACAGACAUACCCCUCGAAAAAGGUAACGAUAGACCUACACCACUAGCUCAGACACGGCAAGAAGCGGAAGACGAAUGGAAGAGGCGAUCCAGACGGACAUCCAGUCUCGAGGGUUUGUCAAUCUCCGAGAUUUUCCUGUGCAUAGGUGGUACUGACAAGAAANNAGAUAUUCCAGAGACGAUUGCUGUCAUUGAAAAGGCUGCGGAUGACUCUCGGUCGCGAUCGGAUCCAACGGACGAAACAUCUGAGCUGCGAUGUGCACUGAAUGAGUGUUGGACACUGUGCAAAACGCUUUCUAGUUUGAGCUCCAACCAUCGCCAGCGAGCCAGGGUAGGAUCGCGAUCCGAUGUCCAUCAGGAACAAGCAUGGCGCAGCUGCUGGUAUCUUUGCAAGCAACUCUACGAAUCAUGUGACAAUCGGUCCUAUACACAGCAGAUUCUGGAAACAUGUCGAGAGUUUUGUCAAGCUCUGUUUGACGUUCGUCUGCGUGGCGAAGAGUCUGUAGACUCCGUUUUGAGAGUCAGUUUCGAGAUGAAUAAUCAUCUUUACAAUACACAUGAUCGCCACCUUCCCGAGGCGUUCAAGGAAAGGACCUUGGAAUUUUAUGUCACUCUGUGUCAUCGGAUGAUGAAGCGCUCGACCUCGUUAAGUCAGGAUAACGAUGCACUCUUGAGAGCUUGUUGGUCUCUGGCCGAAGCACUUUUCAACCUGAGGCACGUGGGUCGCGAUGCAAAGACACUUGAUGAACUACUCGCAUCGGCUGUUCAGGCCUGCUGGGACCUGUCGGAUAUCUUCAGAGAGGGCUGGAGUCAUCUGCGACCUGAUAAGAGUACACCACGACCCGGCCAAGCUGGGUUCUCGUCAUCAGUAUCACAACAUUCAACAGGUCAAUCCGAGCGAGCUCCUUCUAGCUUGAGUAGCGAGUAUCACGAUGCACCGCUACCGCCAGAGACUCCGACGACGAUUUUUGAUGAUUCCACCACAGUCUCCUCUACAGAAUCAGUCAACGUCCCUAACAUCCUGGUACUUGGACCUGCUGCCCCAGCAAGUUCGGGUGGCUCAAUCCGUGGUACCAAACAUCACGACCGCUGGUCUAGCAAUGCAUCAACACUGAGCGACUACUCGGAAUCUGUAGAUUCACAACGUACCUCGUCCACCGCACGCGCGAGUACUGAUGGCAAGCAUCUCCUUCGCCUACGUUGCCUUAUUCUCAAAGCGGCUCUUGAUAUUGGUUUCUCACGAACAUCGAAUCAUUCUCUUGCCUCGUUUGUCAAACCACUUCCGGCAAACGCUUUUGGCAACCAGUCGUGGCAAGUUCAGUUAUUCGAACAUUAUAAACGGCUCAUCACUGUUGAUCAAAGCCUCCGGUCUAUAGCAUCAUUGUCCAGCCGAAGUCUUACUGCUGUUGAGAUAGCCAAAGCCGUUAUGUGGUUGAGUCGAAACGAGGAUUGGGUAUGGUUGCAACAUCUUUACUUGGUUGUCUUUGAUUUUGGUGUCGAAGAAGCGGAAGUUAGGGGUGGAUUCUUCCAAAUCUAA